GGCCACAUGGGUCGCAGGUUAACCGUUUGUGCCGGCGUUCGUUCGCAGCUGGUGCGAGCCGACUGCUCGCUUUUUGUCUCGAUGCUGCCUCGUUUUCCUUGGAUUUAAACGGUUCUGGAGAGGGUCUGAGGGGGCUGAAUUUGUCUGGGAUAUUGUCUCUGUGCCCGUUGGGAUAGGAAAGUGCCACGCCCGAAGAGAAAACGCUGACGGUCUGGAGCCUGAGGGAGGCUAGCUGAGCGUCGCUGAAGCAGACGCAGAGCCCAACACCGACGCGACGUGCUCGCUGUGUCUUGAGGCUCAUGCCGUGUAUUUUCGCAUGCUGCCCGUGCAUGCCUGUGUUAUUUCUUAUGCUGGAACGAGCAAUGACCCUUUUUGAGCGCAAAAGCCCGCCCUCACGAAAUUAUCGUGGACGAUAAGACUGGAUCUUCUGCAGGAGCUGGCUCCGACUUUUUAUUUUGUUUUAAUUUGCACAAAAUUAGGGUGUUUUUUUUCUUUUCAAAAGAACAGGACUAGUCUAUCUGAUCUAACAAUGAGCAAAGACAAAUUAUGGUCUUGAAAACCGGUAUCACAGAAAAGUGCAAGAUUUCGGGUUAAUUCUAUAAAACAUGCAAAUCGAUCGUUUUCCUCGUCAUACAUGUCAUUUUAAAAAUUAUCUUGGGUAAAGCUUUUUGUUUUGGCAAUUUAAUACAUUCGACUUUUUGGGGGGUAAAACGAUGUUUUCAUGAGUAAAAUUCCCACUGAUCUGGACUGAAAUUCACAAUUCUGCUCCUCGACAAUCGUAAUAAAUUAAAUCCCUUUGCCGCGUGACAGCACCUGCAUUAUUUUGGCGGGAAUUCACUUCAUCAGCUGUUUAAGCUGAUUUUUUUCCCCCGUGGUGGAGUAUUGUCGUGAAGUACAAUUGCCGUUGCGAGCCCCUUUUUCUGUCGGCAGAAAACAACAUGUAUCAACCAGUGACCGAGGAAAUACCCCCAGACGAAUCCCCUCCCGACUCCCCGGACAGCUUUCGACUUGCAGGGGGAGACGUGGGGGCUGUUUCGGAGCGAGACGAUCUUCCCGAAGCGGACCAUUCACCGGUGGCUGAUGACACGGACGUCGAGUAUAGUUCGUCCCGGUCCGGCCAGCUACCGCCGUACCGUGAUCAUCAUCAUCACCAGGCCAGGUCCGGGGCGGCCUUUCACCAACAACAAAGGAGCCGAUUCUACCUGAAAUGGGAGCCUCGUUACUUAACAACCUUGCCAGGAAUUAUGAAAAUGCUACAACUGGUAAUCACACUGACUGCCCUUAUAUGUGCGACGAGCAUCAGUUACCAAGGCAACGAUUAUCUCUCCCUCCCAGCUUCCUGGAAGUUCCGGGUGUUUGUCUUCACGUCAGUGCUAUCCCUGCUGUCCUGCGUUGGGCUGCUGUUCUGCCGUGCCACCAACGUGGCCCGAUUACUUCCUCUUGACUGGCUCAUGAUGGUAAGUCUGGACACCCCCUCCCCCUUCCACCACCCUCCGAUAAAAACACUCAACAGCCUCUCUACAGACUUGGUACACAAGUACCCCCAUCAGAACUUACAAAGGGAGAGCUGGGGGAGACCACUCGGAGGGACAUACAAGCGCAUUGCAUACAGAGGCUAA